CGCGCAGCGCGCCCGGUGGCGCGCCGAGCCCGUGCAGUGGGCGAGAGCGCGGCCGCCCCGCGCCGCGGGCGCCGCCCGCGGACGCGCGGGCGGAGCGGCAGUGGAGCGUCAGCCAGGAGCUCCAGCGGGGCGAGCGCGUGGCAGCCCCGCAGGCGCCCAGGGCGUGGCCGGGCUGGGCACUGCCAGUGGAUCAGCACCCGCCGGGAAGGGCCGGCAGGAGUCACUCCCACUGCGGCCCGCCCGCGCCGCCGCUGGAGCCCCCCGGAGGCGCACAGGUCAUCCUGCACAUGAGGGCGCGUAGCUGCGAGGCUCCGAUGGGGCGGUCGAGGCAGGGGAGCGGUCGGUCCGAUCUGCUCAUCCCGCCCACGAGGCAGGAGAUCCAGGCAGCUCGCGGCGAGAACCGCAUCGUCGACCGUGUGAGCAGACGGGCAUUACUGAGGACGCCCCCAACAUUUAGACAAUCCGUGAGUCGCAGGCUUUUCGGCCGCUCUGCCUCCAGCUCCUCGCGCUGCAUUUCCACGAAUGGCACGGGCCCUGACGUGCAGCAGCUCCGCGGCCCCUCCGUGCAGGUGCCGAUCCUGUUGGCCAUGGCAAAUGUAGUCGGUGUCGCCGUCCAGUUCACCGUUUACCUCACCGCGGUGGGUUGGGUCGAGUCGGAGUAUGCGCAAAGCGCGGGCCUGUUCGUCCGUGGGAUGCUCAACUUACUCGUCCCCGGCUGGAGCGUCGCAGUCUACGCCACGAUCGUCGAGCUUGUCAAUGGUGAGACUUCUCCCCGCGGGGGCUUCUGCAGCGUCUCGCUGUUCACCGCGUGCUGCAUGGGCAUCGCGGCGGUGCCCAGGUACGAGCCAGGCUUCGUGGCGCAGGUCAUGGGAGGAGCGACUGUGCACUUUGCGAUCCUCUGCGUAUGCGUCCCCGUCAAGAUGGGCUGCAGGGGCCACUCGAUGAAAGAGUCCAUCUGCGGGCUCUGCUACUUCCUCGCGCUCUUCGCAGUCGCUUUCGCACUGUUCCUCUGGGGCUGCACCGUCUGCAUGCUGCUGCCGGUCUUCGACAAGAGGGCUCAAGACUACAGCAACGGUCUCGAGCAGCCGCAGAAGGGAGCGGUCUCGAUGACCCCUGGUCUCACGCUGCCUUUGGCCUGCCACAUCGGGGAAAGCGUCGCGGUGCUCGUGGUGAGGAGGCUGGACGGGUGGCUCCACGAGCGGGUCCCGACAUCUCGGCCCAGGGGCUCGUGGGUCGUCAUGUUGGUCCACAGCGUGUCCGAGUCGUUUCGGCUCGCGGCGUUGUGGUACCUGGCCAUUCUCUCCCCAGAGUCCAGCAUUGGAGCCGUCGGGGGGUCCGAGCUGGCCCGGCACUGGCUUCGGCCAGUCAGAAGGGCGGGCAGGCAGGUGCGAGGCUCUGGAUUCGACAAGGUUUGCUCUGUUUCUGUUCGGCGUCGGGGGGCCGUUGUCGCCCCGGGCCGGCAAACACGGAUCCAGGGAGGAACACUGCACCAGAUGGACCCGGGGAGGGGUCCCGGGACCGAUUUUGAGCGGGUUUGGCUUCAGCACCCCUUCGUGACGAUUUUCUGGGGUCCCAUCCAGUUCAGACCCCUGGCCGCCUCCGAGCCCAGCACCUGGAUCAACGCGCUGAUCAGCUCGCUGGUUCUGAACACGGUGACCCGCCUGGGCUGGCAUCGUUAUUUCGUUUGGAGGCUGGCUUGCAAGACAUCCAUCUGGAUUCCAGAACAUCUGGCCCUCGUUCACAGGGAGACGAAGUUCGCUUUCGGCUACUGUCGUUUCGGAGCUCCGAUUGCUAUGGCAGGAGCGCGAUACAUCCUGAGCUACGUGAGCAGGUCAGAGUCUCAAUGCUGCACCUCGGAGAUGUCGCCGUACUUCAACGAAACCGUGCUGUACGUGUGGGUGUGCAGCUUCGUUGCAAAGCUGUUGGAGGACACCGCCAUAGUGUUCUGUGAGUGGAGCCACCUCUCUGCGGUUCCUUCUUGGCACGCAGACGAAUAUGUUACGUCGUUCGCUUGCAGGGCCAAGGACGGGGGCCUCUACGACGGCAGCGCAGCAACGUGGUACCAGCCGAACCUGCACGCCAGGCCUUUGCACAAGCUUGAUUACCAGGAAGAUAGGUUCAAGUCCCGUGUCGUACACUUGGGCAUCACCAGCGCCGCGACAUUUCUUGUGAACACCGCUGUCAUCCUACUCAUUUCUUUGGACUUUCUCCUUGGCUUCGCUGGCGAGUAUGUGAGCGCGAUCCAAGUCAUGGAUUGGAGUGGGAGCGUGUUGUGGCGUCCCUUUGCAAACGUGCAGUCGUGGCUGGAGGCGUUCUAGCGUGGAGAGAGUAUUGAUCAUUGACAGUCUGCCAAGUAUGUUCAGCAGUUGAGCUGAGAUCGGUGGGCCAUUGUUGUGACCGGUCACAGUCGCAGCGUUAUUUCAGUAGCAGCUUCGACGUGCUAUCGUCUGGGAGAGGAAUUAUAGACAUCUGCGCCUUCGGUGCUGGCGCGUGCCCCUAUCCCAACCUCUGGCUCGGGCGAUCUCUGCUCGCGCACUCGUGCGCUGCAUGUGCCUGUACUUGCGACACGUAGAUAAGAUAAGGGUUCUGUGCUGAUGUGUCCCUUCACCAGGAGCAUGCGGCUUGCGAUUUGUUUUUCUUGUCGUCGCGUCUGCGGCUACUAGCUCACUGCGGGGCAUUGCCUGCCAGGCAGCGAGCCACAUAAGAGUUUCUCCUGGCACUGCUUUUGCCAGGACUAUUCCCAAACAAGGUCUUGUCGCAUUAGGUUCUUGGGCGCGCAGUCUUCUGAAGCGCAGAUGUUUUUGCAUGCGUAUCCUAUUUUCCCGGAGCGCGCCAUACGUGCGCACUCUUCACAGUAGUAGCGUCAGUUGAAGCUUCCACUCGUAUGCUUUCGCUGGCUCUCUGUUUCGAAUCGAACCGUAGAUUUUUAGGCGAAUCAUGUCGAAUAACAAUAGGUGCUGCAGCCAGACUUGGCUUCCGGAGCAUGGAAUGUGGGCGCGAUGGCACAUCCCUGGACGCUCCGCUCAUCACCAUCAGCCCAUCCAGAAGCGAUUUCUACGCGAUUUGUUGGGAGAUGGCCGUGGCACAACAAGGAAAAUGGGACAGCCAGCCG